AUGUCGCAAAUCCAAGACUACCCCUCCCUCUUCUCCCUCGCGGGUAAGACGGCCGUGGUCACCGGGGGGUCCAGAGGUUUGGGAUUGCACGCGGCAACAGGGUAUCAUGACCACGCACCAGCCGGCUGCUGCGGAGUAUCCAGCUAUAACUGACGCGCGCGCACACAGGCUAUUACUGGCCGGCUGCUCCAAACUGGUGAUAACCUCACGCAACGCCUCCGCCUGCGCUGACGCCGUGAAAUCGCUGCAAUCCCUCUCGACGGGAGCCACCGUCCUCUCCCUCCCCGCCGACCUCUCCUCUCCCUCCGAGGUUGAGCGCUUCGUGAAGGGGCUCACCACCAUGACCGAUGGUAGGGUCGACAUCCUCAUAGCCAACGCCGGCGCGACCUGGGGCGCGCCCUUCGACACGCACUCCGACGCCGCGUUCGACAAGGUCAUGAACCUGAACGUUCGUAGUGUCUUCAAUCUCAUCCGGUUGUGCACACCGCUGCUGGAGGGAGCGGUGAAGCGGAGCGGUGAGAAGGCGAGGGUUGUCACGGUCGGGAGCAUUGCGGGUUUGCAAAUCGGCGCGGUUGGGGAACGCGGGACGUAUGGGUAUGCGGCCUCUAAGGCUGCGGUUCUGGUUUUGUGUCCUUGCUUGCUAUACGCUCUUUUUUUUAUACCGGGGGAGCCGUUCUGGACUGACGGUGGGGUAUAUAUUAUAGCACCUGACCAAGCACCUUGCUGUCGAACUUGGUCCCCGGGGUAUCCUGCUCAACGCUAUUGCGCCCGGAUUCUUCCCGAGCAAGAUGGCCAACGCGAUUAUCGCCCUCUUGGGAGGUGAGGAAAGUAUGGGCAAGGCGUGCCCCGAUGGACGUCUUGGGAGGCCGGAAGAUAUUGUGGGCUCCGUCGUCUUCCUGUGCUCCCGAGCUGGCGAGCAUAUCAAUGGGGUGGUGCUCCCGAUAGACGGUGGCGCGCAUGUUGUUCCAUCCUGGGCGAAGCUCUGAGUUGUGAAUUUUCUCCGGAGGGUCGGGAUAUCAUGGAAAGAGGGGGCCGGGAACCACAAGGGUUUAUUUCAUUUCGUUCUAUUUUCUUUCCUGCCACAACUAGAAUAGCCCAUGCCAAUGACCGCUCUUGCGGUUUGUGCCGUACGGCGGGGAUCAACGCACUCCUGAAUUACCCAAUUUCUACAGUUACAGCCAUAACCUCCCAGCAACCCAACCAAGCUCACGGAAUUCCUUUUUCACAGGGAAUCACUCGUGGACUGGCCGUGCCCACCCGUUGAAUAUAUGAGAACGAUUACGUAUAAGAGCUGGGAACAUUCACAGGUAUACACAACUGCUUAUGUAACUUACCUCUGAUACCUGGCACACAGGUCUACCCCUUAUGCUUGCAUUCUUUCCUUUUGUCUCCUUCCUUCCUCAACAACCCAUGAAGAUCGAUCCCCUCACUUCUCUCUUUAUCAUACCGUGAAUACACAUCUCCCCUUUCUCUGGUUUUUUCUUCUCGCCUUUUCACUCCAUUCUUUGCGAAUAAGAUCAACUUGGUUCUAUCCAUCUCUUUCCUCGCUGUCCUUCUCCGGUUCCGUAAAAACCUCCGUAGCAAUCACUGACACCGCCGCUCGAUCAAGCACGAUUUCCAACACGGCCGACACAAUUUUCAACAACCACCCACACCGGCGCACACACAUGAUACUGUAUUAUUUAUUAUAUUUUUAUGUGAUCGUCGUCUAUGAUACCUUGCAAGGAUAUAAGAUAGCGUACUGCUACUGUAUCGUGCUGCACCGCGUCCACCCAACUCACUACCGGCAUGCGCAGACAGAUGCAAGAACUCGUAGAAGGCGCCGAUAUAUUCUUCGUAUCAUAUCAUUGCAAGAGGGUGUUGAGAAGGACACGUUUUGAAUCCUGAAGUGUUCGUUCCAUCUCUCCCCCAAUUGGAUCUUCCCUCUUUUUUUUUUUCCUCCUUUUUUUUUACCAAAUGUGUAGAAAAAGUCGUGGAUUCCUUCCUCCCUUCCUUCCUUCUUUCCUAUAUGGUUUAUAUUAUUAUAUACCGUGUCUAACGCUUAUUUUCAUCUGGCUGGGUAAGUCUUUCAGCGUUGGUAUUAUACCAUAAUCCCCAGUUUAUCAUCCGAGGUAUGAUAUCACUCUCCGAUUCUUCCCCUACCGUACCCGCCCGCUCGGUAGCAGCACUGUUAUCAUCGGUGAUAUAUAUAUAUAUAUAAUCCGUAACGUUCAGCACCACGGAGAAAGGAACAUAAUGUGGGAACCAGAUAAUUGCCCAAGAUCUAAGUAUAUAGAAAAUUCGAGGGUAUUGCAUACAUCCGAACGGCAACCGCCAUAGGAAAAAAAAAAUAAAGUACCGUAUAUUAUCAUACACAAAUGAUCCGAUACUGGAGGCAAUCCAUACAUUUCUCUUUCCCAUCGUACAUUUCAUCAUUAUUAUUGUCGUCACCAUCGCAGUACUGUACCGUAUCCCAUAGACCGGUGACAGCGGUGGAACAACCGUCCAUAACAAAGGACCCUCGCCAGUUCGCGAUCCUAUCGCUUACUUGCCUCACGGCACGGCUACGAUAUACCCCGCUGGGAACGUUGCCAAUCCGUCGGGCGAACGGGAUUAUUGUGACGGGUUGGAACAUUUAUAUUGGGUGUUGGCAAUCGAAGAUAGGAAAUCAUAUCUUUGGUACAGCACGCUAGUGAAAACCUACCUGGUAAAAUAAAAUAAAAAUAAAAAUAAAAAGUCGAUGCGGUGUAUACAUUGUAAAAAGUUAGAUCUCAACACUGUCAGGCCUAACUUACCGGCACCAUACCAAUAACCUUAACUUGACUCAAGUCACGCCGAACCGGGGUGUGUGUGACAUGAGCUCCAAUAGUUCAAGAAUAGAGAGGCCUGGAGAGAGACAGGGGA